GUACCUCAAGGCGGUGGCCGGUAGCACGGAGAGUGUGGAGUGGGCGCUGCCUCGGGCGGACGGCUGCGCCCACUACAAGCUCCCCGUCUUCCCCGAGGAUUCCCCGGACGUGGAGGCCUCCGUCUACCUGGCCGGGGUGCUGAUCCAGGAGAUGAUCUGGCAGCGCAGCGCCAAGAGUCUGCUCUUGUCCGGCCCCGCCAAGAUCUGCGAGGCCCUCGCCAAGGAGUACUCCCCAAGCGGGAUGUACGCCUUUGAGGUCAGCUCCAUGCCCAACGUCUGCGGCACCCCGGAGGAGCCCUUCGUGGUGAAGGUGGUGCCCGCGAGCGAGCUGCCGCCGGCCAAGGACAUGCCCCAGGUCUGCGGGAAGAAGGCGGACGGCUGCAGGCUUGCCUUCGACCUGGGCAAGAGCGACAUCAAGACCGUGGCGGUGAAGGAUGGCGAGGUGGUCUACUCCAAGGAGACGGAGUGGGACGUCACCAACCCGGACCCGGACUACCACUUCAAGGCGGUCACCGACGCUUUGAAGCUGGCCAAGGAGACGCUGCCGAAGGCGAGAAUUGGGAGUCGGAGUGGCAACCACAGGUGUCACUUUUUAGGUUUGUUUGGUUGGACAUAG